AUGCUCCGAAGGUCGACGGUACACAUUGGCGCAGCGGCAGCUGCCGCCGUCCUUGCAAGUCAGAAGUCGCCUGGGAGCACGGCCCGUUGCGAAAAGAUCUACGAGAGCGGCCAAGUCCUGGGCCGCGGGGUCAAGCUGGAACUGUGGAAAGCCAAGCACAAGAACGUGGACGUGCUCGACUUGGAGAGCGAAACCAUCCAAACAGGGCUGACGCACGUUCGCGAUUAUCAUGCGACGGGAGCCAAGUUUGUCCACGUGGCCAAUAAGUUGCUCCGCAACGUGCUGGAAUCGGCGCUGACCCAGCUUCCCAACGAUGAAGAUGUGGUCGUUACGACUCCGUUGGGCCACAAGAUCAAAGGCAUCGAUUACGAAGAUGGCGUCAACGUGUGCGGCAUAGCUUUGGUCGAGCGUGAUCUCGUCCUAGAACAGAUGAACCUCCUCCUCAAGACGACACUCCCCUUUGAUUCGGUAAUCGGGCACCUCCAAUUGAGCGCCAACUCGUCGACUCCCGGAGCGCUCGCGACAGCCACCCUCCCUGACGGCAUCGAAGACAUGCACGUUAUCUUGGUGCACCCCGAAUUCGCGUCGUUUGACGUGGUCCAACCUGCGCUGCAACUCCUGCUGAAGAAAGGUGUACCGGAAGACCAUAUCCAAGUCGUCACGCUUGUGACGUGCCCUGCUGCAGCGGACAAGUUUUGCGCCACCUUUGCGGACGUGAGUUUGGUCACGGCGGCAUUCGACGCGACGUCGGAUAGCCAAGGCCGCAUUGUCCCAGGCCUGGGCAACUUUGAAAAACGCUAUGCCGGCGACGCCAUCGAAGUCCCCGACGUCUCCGACGACCAGGGCGACGGCGCUGGCACUGGUGGGAUCACGUCGUGGUGGCCAUUCAAGUAG